CAAUGUUCACUUCGAUCAUUACACCACAGAGAUGAAUGAGUAACCAGCAAUUAUCAAAAACAAACCGUUAUCCACAUCGCACAUAAUAAUUCUUCAUAUGCUUAUAGGAACCGUUUAAAGGCAAUCUUCCUGGCCAAGAAGUGAACUCGAUUCCUCCAGUAAAUCCCUAAUCAUGGCGCCGGGUUUCAAUACCAAAUCUCCUACUAUGAAGCGCAUCAGUAGGUCGUUCUACAUCCCACAACUUUUCUUCGCAUUAAUGACUCAAAAAUAUAGUGAAAGAAGCCGCGGAACUGUCACAACAUCCAUCUCCAGACUACACAGCUUCUCCGGCCUCAGAUACCGAUUUAUUUGAUUGGCACUUUACACUACGUGGCCCUCCAUCGUCGUCUUUCGCCGACGGCAUUUAUCACGGACGCAUCGUUUUACCACCACAAUAUCCCCUCCGCCCCCCUUCAUUCCGAUUUCUUACGCCUAGUGGAAGGUUUGAGGUGAAUCGCGAGAUCUGCUUAAGUAUAAGCGGGCACCAUGAGGAAACAUGGCAACCCGCGUGGGGAAUACGAACUGCAUUAGUAGCCCUCAGAUCUUUUAUGGAGACGAGCCCUUCGGGACAAUUAGGAGGCGUCGAUGCGAGCGAUAGUGUUCGAAGGAGAAUAGCCGGGGAAAGUAGAGGAUGGAAAUGCGGGGUUUGUGGUGGAAGGAGCUGCGAGGAGAUUUUAGGAGAAGCAGAAAAACUUGCGAAAGAACUCGAGGGCGAAGGAACCAGUUCUAAAAGAGAGGAAGAGACUGUCCCGCCUGAGAUGCAAAUAGGGUUCAAGAAGGAGACGAAAGAAGAAAUGAAGUCAAACCAGAAAAUUGACAAAGAGAGCAGUCAACCUGCAAAGGAGCCACCAUCGGCACAAGCUGAGAGCGAAUAUCCACCUGCGAGACCAGCACAAGCGGUACCUCAACCUACAGCUACGAUCCCGCUCCCUCAACAUGCCCAAUUCCAACCCCAACCUCGAAGACAAAUGGCACAAGCCCAUGUUCAGUCAAAUGAUGGUGUACCCGUAUGGGUCGAUCGAGCUAUCGCGGGGAUAGUUUUAUGCUUAGUGGUCAUGGUUCUGAAGAUGUUAAUGGGGAAAUAAUAGGGUUCACGGUCACAGGUGUUAUGGUGCAGGCUUCAUUUGGAAAAUUUAUCAGUGGGUCGAAGGUAGGAUGGUAAGGCGUUAUGGCAGAGCGUGUACAGGCCUGGCUCUUUUUGAAGAUUGAUACCACCAUACAGGAAAUAUAAUUCACUUUUUCAUAUUGCCUAGCUGGCAUCUUCUAGGUUGAAGCAAGAAUGCUAUCACGUACAUUGCAGACAUGCCAAUACAUGACCAUUGUUAUACACAACGCAGAUGUCAUAUUUCUGAUAGUUGGAGUUGAUGUAGGAUUUUCUUUAAAGUUCAGAAGCUCCAUGCUUGAAAUACCGCAGA